GUUGUGUGUAUUUUCCCCCUGCAGAUAUCUGCAUCUCCUGUGGAAGCCUCAGCGUCUCUCUGGAGCAUCCCCUCUUCAUGGGAGCAAUGUGUGUGGGUUGCAAAAAUUCCUUUUUAGAGUGUGCCUACCAGUACGACGAUGACGGCUACCAGUCCUACUGCACCAUCUGCUGCGGAGGCAGGGAGGUGCUCAUGUGCGGCAACAACAACUGCUGUAGGUGUUUCUGCGUGGAGUGUGUGGAUCUGCUGGUGGGAAUCGGCUCGGCGGCGGCGGCCAUCAAAGAAGAUCCAUGGAACUGUUACAUGUGUGGGCCCCGAAACACCUACGGGUUACUGCGGCGACGGGAUGACUGGCCUUGCCGACUACAGCAUUUUUUUGCCAACAAUCACGAACAGGACUUUGUGAGUCUCACUUGUGUCAUUACAUCACACAUAAUAACAGUCACCUGCGCAGAACCUUCCCUUCAUUUGGAUCAAUCACAGUCCACGUGCACUGCUGAGAGGGCCCCUCUCACAGUCAGUCAAAGAUUUUGAUGCUUAACGUUGUUA